CUCCUGGUCAACUAUUACAGACAGUUUUUCCAAAGUUGAAAGGUUUUCCCAUUAUUUCCGUGGACCCCAUGCACGUCUCCACCAUGAACAUCCAAAAAAGCAACCCAAACCAACCAAGAUAAUAAUCAUCAUCAUGCUAGGCAGGAAUACCACACACUGUACAUACAUUCCCGGCGCCGGCCGCACUAAUUAGGACAAAACACUUCUUCCCUUUGUCUUUUUUCAGUGUAUGAGGUCUUUGAACGCAUGGCCUACUACGGCAUAUCCUCGAACCUUGUUCUCUACUUGACGAGGAAGCUCCAUCAAGGCACUGUCAAGUCGGCCAACAAUGUUACCAAUUGGGUCGGAACCAUUUGGAUAACUCCAAUCUUGGGCGCCUACGUCGCAGAUGCUCACCUUGGACGCUACUGGACUUUUGUCAUUGCGUCUGUAAUUUAUAUCUCGGGAAUGUCAUUGCUAACGCUAUCAGUGUCAGUCCCUGGACUAAAACCACCACCCUGUCACCAAGCCAAUGUAGAUGAUUGCAAGAAGGCGUCAACGUUACAGUUAGCGGUGUUCUUUGGUGCACUCUAUACUCUAGCUGUAGGAACCGGUGGCACCAAGCCAAACAUUUCGACCAUCGGCGCCGACCAAUUCGACGAUUUCCAUCACAGGGAGAAGGCUCAGAAGCUGUCCUUCUUCAAUUGGUGGAUGUUCAGCAUCUUUUUUGGCACACUCUUCGCCAACACAGUUCUUGUCUACAUUCAGGAUAAUGUGGGAUGGACAUUAGGAUAUGGGCUGCCCACACUUGGGCUCGUGAUUUCAGUUCUGAUUUUCCUGGCAGGCACGCCCUUCUACAGGCACAGGGUGCCCGCUGGGAGUCCUUUCACAAGGAUGGCCAGGGUCAUAGUGGCUGCCAUGAGGAAAUGGAAAGUGCCUCUUCCUGGUGACCCUAAAGAACUAUAUGAACUUGACCUGGAAGAGUAUGCUAGGAAAGGAAAGUUCAGGAUUGAUUCAACACCCACCCUGAGGUUCCUGAAUAAGGCUGCUGUCAAAACAGGCUCCACAGAUCCAUGGAUGCUAUGCUCAGUAACCCAAGUAGAGGAAACUAAACAAAUGUUAAGAAUGAUCCCAGUGAUGGCUGCCACUUUUGUGCCAAGCACCAUGAUCGCUCAGAUCCAUACCCUCUUUAUAAAACAGGGCACCACCCUUGAUAGACAGUUGGGCAGCAGUUUCAAGAUCCCCCCUGCAAGUUUAGCCGGAUUUGUGACAAUAUCUAUGCUUAUUAGUGUUGUCCUCUAUGAUCGAUUCUUCGUCCCGAUUAUGAAAAAGUGGACUAAAAAUCCUAGAGGCAUUACUCUACUUCAAAGAAUGGGAAUCGGUCUGGUUCUUCACAUCAUAAUCAUGAUAACUGCUUCUCUUAUUGAAAGGCACAGACUCAGCGUGGCCAGGGAGAAUGGCUUAGUUGAAAAUGGAGGGCAACUUCCACUAACUAUAUUCAUUUUACUUCCCCAAUUUGUGCUUAUGGGAACAGCUGAUGCAUUUUUGGAGGUGGCCAAGAUUGAGUUCUUCUAUGAUCAGGCACCGGAAAGCAUGAAGAGUCUUGGUACUUCAUAUUCAACCACUAGUCUGGGAAUUGGAAAUUUUCUCAGCAGCUUCCUUCUUUCUACAGUUUCUGAUAUCACCAAAAAGCAUGGUCACCAAGGAUGGAUCUUAAAUAACCUAAACAAAUCUCAUCUUGACUACUACUAUGCAUUCUUUGCAAUACUCAACUUCUUGAACUUCAUUUUCUUCUUGGUAGUAAUCAAGUUCUAUGUCUACAAGGCUGAAGUUUCAGAUUCACUGCAUGUGCUUACAGAAGAACUGAAGGUGAUGAGAUUGAAGGCAUCAAACCAAGAAGAGUCAGGGGCAUAGGUUGAUGGAACAUGUUGGAUAAGAGUAGCCCUUGUCCAUAGGAAUACCGGAGCUGAAAUUCAACUUUUGAAAAGUGAAACAUUUUAUCAUUCAGGGCAUUGACAGAGUACUCUUUGGGGCCUGCGUUAUUGAUGGAGCAUCAUAAACCUUUGCUAAUGACUAGAAAGAAUACAAUGUUUACUAUUCUUGAAAGGAAAAGAAAGGAAUAAUUAUGUGAAGAAAUGUAAAGUGUGGAGAUAAGGUUAUCUUUUUAGAGAAAAAAAAAUUCAAGGUCCAAGGUAAGGUAUAACAAAUUAAGGGAA